GGGAAAUUCUUUGUUGAGAACAUCACAAACUCUAGUGUUCGACUGGUUGAUGCCAGUCUUCAGAGGGAUAUCUGCUCCAUUCCUCACAGCUCCCUUCUUCUUGAAGGCGCUUGUUGGAAAAUGCUUCUUUCUAACUAUCUUCUCUGUGUUAAAUGCGCUCAACAACUUUGUAUAUUUAAUUGGAGGUCAAGGUUACUUUUGGGACGAACCCAACUAUAUAGGUUCCAAUCCCAUAUUUAUUGGAGUUAUUGGAGUAACAGGUGGACUUAUCUUGGCAAGAACUUUGCUGGGGCUAUCCAUCAUGAUUGCAGUUAUUGUGUACAAGUUUCGCAGGAGACAUUUGUCUGCAGAUGAUACAAUUGAAGAGUUCCUUCAAAAACAGAACAACUUCAUGCCUAUUAAGUACUCCUAUUCUAAAAUAAAGAAAAUGACUAGAGGUUUCAAAGAUAAAUUAGGUGAAGGAGGUUAUGGUUUGGUUUCCAAAGGAAAGCUUCGAAGUGGCAAUUUAGUGGCAGUAAAAUUAUUGAACAAAUCAAAAGCUAAUGGCCAAGAUUUCAUCAAUGAAGUUGCUACCAUUGGAAGGGUUCAUCAUGUUCAUGUGGUGCGACUGAUCGGAUUUUGUGUGGAGGGAUCGAAACGGGCUCUUGUAUAUGAUUUCAUGCCAAAUGGAUCCUUGGAUAAGAUCAUAUUUUCUAGUGAAAACAACACAUCUUUAACCUGUCAAAGAAUGUUUGAAAUUGCUCUCGGAGUGGCUAGGGGGAUUGAAUACUUACAUUGAGGAUGCGAAAUGCAGAUUCUACAUUUUGAUAUCAAGCCACACAACAUCCUUUUGGAUGAGAACUUUAAUCCAAAAGUUUCAGAUUUUGGCCUUGCAAAAUUGUAUCCAACAGAUGACAAUAUUGUAUCUCUUACUGCAGCAAGAGGUACUUUAGGAUACAUGGCUCCAGAAUUAUUCUACAAGAAUAUUGGAGGCGUCUCAUACAAAGCUGAUGUCUAU